GGCUUCCUUCCACCAUCAGGCCAAGGGACGGGUCCUGAAUGUUGUUUGUGCCUAUGCACCAAACAGCAGUACCCACCCUAUUUGGACUCCUUGAAAGUUGUGACCCUCCUUUUUUCGAGUAAUCUGCUCCUUGUGGUUGAUACACACGCACGGGCACAAAACAUUUAUAUUUGGAGUGUAGGCGCGAGCGCGCCUCAGAAGGAGCGCGCAAGCACAAUUGAGUCAGCCAGAAGAGCGCAGACAGGCAGACCUUGAGCUCAUUUCUACGCAGUCUUCACAUCGAGUGGCAGCCAGGAACUUAAGCAACCUUGUCCAAGAAGAAAACAGAAAAAAGAAUAUUUAUUUUGUGUGUGUGGGUGUAAAAAGGUGAACCCUCUGGAGAAGUUCAUCUAAAAAGAGAAGGCUGUGCCGGUUCAUUAUGCUUGAGGAGGGCAUUAUGAACUGCACCGUCAGCCAUGAAAUCCACCAGUACCUCUUCUGCUUUGUGUAUAUCUUCGUACUACUGGUGGGUGUUCCCUCCAACCUGUACGCUCUGUACCAUGCAGCACUGCAGCUAAAGCAAAAGAAUGAGCUGGGGGUUUAUUUGAUAAACCUCACCGUGUCUGAUCUAUUAUACCUGGCAUCAUUACCACUGUGGCUCCAAUACUUUUUUCAGGAUGACGAUUGGCGUCACAGGGAAUGGCUGUGUCAGUUGUGUGGCUUUCUUCUUUAUGAGAACAUCUACAUCAGCAUUGGCUUCCUAUGCUGUAUAAGUCUGGAUCGUUACCUGGCUGUCGUUCACCCUUUGAGGUUCACCUCCCUGCGCUCUAUAAGUGCAGCUUGUCUUUUCAGUGCCAUCAUCUGGCUGAAGGAAGUUGCGGUGGGCGUGGUUUUCUUCCGUCAUAAAGAGCUGAGCAAAAAUCCCAACAACCAAUCGGUGUGCUUUGAGCACUACCCCAUGCGGCCUUGGGAGUAUCCAAUCAACUACUACCGCGUCACUAUUGGGUUCAUGUUCCCGUUGGCCAUCCUGCUGAUCAGCUACCUGUGCGUGCUUCGUGCUGUGGGCCAAAGUGCAGGCACGCAGCCAGAUCAGAAGACCCGAAUCCGACAGUUAGUUAGCAGUACCAUCCUCAUCUUCCUCAUCUGUUUUUCCCCUUACCACGUCUUUCUGUUAGUUCGCACAGUUCUGGAGCGGGAUUGCAACUUUAUUACAGGGAUAUUCAACUAUUACCACCUAGCGCUGUUGUUGACCUCUUUGAACUGUGUGGCUGAUCCCGCUCUCUACUGUUUUGUCAGCGAAAGUGCUCGCCGAGGUUUUUCCCUGGCUAUUUUUCGACCCGCGACAAGAUUUCUCUGCUGCUGCCUUGGCAACUGCAGUGCCAAUCCCAACAUCUCGGCCACAGAUUCCCACGAUGUUCCGACUGACGAGAACGACGGCCACAGGGCUGUGAUUCUGCUCGAUCACGUCGGCAAGAACCGCAGGAAUACGAUUCUAAUCACUGUGGAUGAUCAAAAAAUUAUUAUACCAUUAACUUAACAAAAUAGCAAUCGUGGAAAGACUGGGAUGGAGGAGAACCAGAAGAACGAAAGGAUAUCAGGACCCUGCGAUUUGAAUGGACUAGACGAAUCCAAAGAACGAGUCCGGGGGUGCCAACCUUCAGAUGUCAUACGGAUGCCGCAUGGGAGUGACCACUGCUGAUGCUGCUCUGUUCCAUUUUCAGAAGAGUGGAGGCCUUGAAGUCACAGUAGCUCCAAACCCCCCUCAAAUAAUUUGACAGAGCUCCAGACACAGUACUCACCAUAUUUUAUUUCUUUACCUUUUCAGGCGGUUACUACAGUGGAAAUAUUAUCAGAUAUAAAGUUAUUAUUUGUGCAUGAAAGGGUUAAAAUACUCCUUCCACUUGAGCAAAGUGGCAGGCACACCAAGAGACCUUCUGUUUGCAGUUCCUGUCUUACAGCAGUGCAGUGGUUCUCAACUGUUGUCAUCUUGGGACCUCCAUCUUCCUAUUGCUGCAAAGUCGCAUCCCAUUUUAGAGACGUUUUGAUCAAUAAAGAAUGUAUUUUCUUUGUUGAAAAGAACGCCACUCAAAAAGGCAUGU